UUUGGUCUUGCUCUGGCUUUUGCUGAAAUGGCGCUGUAAUUUAAGCAACAGCAGCAUAUAUACGUAAUCAAAGCCACUGCUGGAGUUGAUGUACCCAGCUUUUGGCAGAGAGUGAAACACUGCUUCUUGAAAUGGAGGGAAUGGAAGAAACAUCUGAAAGAAUUCUUUUAGAGCCAUACAAGUAUUUACUUCAACUGCCAGGUAAACAAGUGAGAACCAAACUGUCACAGGCCUUUAAUCACUGGCUGAAUGUUCCAGAAGAUAAAAUACAGGUUAUUAUUGAAGUGACAGAGAUGUUGCACAAUGCCAGCUUACUCAUAGAUGACAUUGAAGAUAACUCAAAGCUACGACGGGGCUUUCCGGUGGCUCAUAGCAUCUAUGGAAUUCCAUCUGUAAUAAAUUCUGCUAAUUAUGUGUAUUUCCUUGGUCUGCAGAAGGUUUUAACACUUGAUCACCCAGAAGCUGUGAAAGUGUUCACUCGUCAGCUGCUGGAACUCCAUCAGGGCCAAGGUUUGGAUAUUUACUGGAGAGAUACAUACACCUGUCCUACAGAAGCACAGUAUAAAGCCAUGGUACUGCAAAAGACAGGUGGUCUCUUUGGAUUAGCUGUGGGCCUCAUGCAGUUGUUCUCCAAUUAUAAAAGAGACUUAAAACCACUCCUUAAUACACUUGGGCUCUUCUUCCAAAUACGAGACGACUAUGCUAAUUUACACUCCAAAGAAUAUAGUGAGAACAAGAGUUUUUGCGAAGAUUUAACUGAGGGCAAGUUCUCAUUCCCAACUAUUCAUGCUAUUUGGUCCAGACCUGAAAGCACUCAGGUGCAGAAUAUUUUGCGUCAAAGGACAGAAAAUGUAGAUAUAAAAAAAUACUGUGUACAUUACCUUGAGAAUGUAGGUUCCUUUGAGUACACUCGGCAAACGCUGCAAAAGCUUGAAUCUGAAGCAUAUAAACAGAUUGAGUCACUUGGGGGAAAUCCUGAACUUGUAGCACUAGUUGAACACUUAAGCAAAAUGUUCAAAGAAAAUGAAAAUUAAGUAAUUGAUUUGACUUGUGGUUUGGGGAGGGAAACUUUAAAACCAGAAUGUAUUAACUAGACUCUCUUACUAAAUCAAUGUAAAGAAAAGUGUAGAAAUGAUGCUUAUUUAAAAUUACUUAUAGAAACUGCUAUAUUAGAUAUUGUGUAAGUUGUAAUUGAAGGGUAUUUGUAUGCACCACAAAUUAUCUCUGCAGCUUUAAUUACAACUGCUUACAAAAUAUUGCAUAGAGAAAUAAACUUGCAUAGAUCUGUUAAGGUAAAAUUGUUAAUUUUAGUUUUUCAUGUGAAUCUUUCAGUUGUAAUCUCCACUGCACAGUCAGUGGUGUUUAUUUUAGCUAUAGAGUUUGUGUCCUCUAAGAACAUUGCAGGUUUUAAUCUGAUUGAGAUAGGUUUGACUAAAUUUCCAUGUUAAAUUGAAUUUGCUUUGUUUAGGAACUUUUGUAUUUUUUUUUAAACAUGGAGAUUUAGGUAACACUUUUUUGCAAUAUAUUCCUUGUCCUUUUUAAAGUUAACAAAAAUAGGUUUUAUUAAAGUGGAAUGGAAGGAGAAGGAAGGCUCCACAAUGGUCAAUGACUUUUUCUGUACAACAAACCAAUCUAGAUGUGUCGCCACAGAACCAGAUGUGGGGAACGAUGGUAUAAUAGGCAAAUCAGUGUUGCCAAAUGGAUUUGAAAUCAUGAGUUAUUUUUAGUAUGAAUCAUUCAGAGCAUUAGCUUGGCCAGCAAGGACACAGGCAUUGUCCAUUCAAGUGGCACUAACACUCUGGUCUGAUAUACCACCGUAGUCCCAAUUUCUUGAUAGUCUCCUUUAGGUAACUUAGUUAAGAAUCAGUGGAGUAUUUACUUCCUUUGUACUUGUGAUGGAAUCUCUUAAGUAUUAGAGCAGACUAGUUUGGUUAUAUCAAAUCAGAUGAUUUUCUGACUUAAAGGUAUGUCAA